UCUUAAGGAGUUUAUGGCUCGGUUCAACCGAGAGAAGGCUACGGUCGAAGAUCCGACCGAGGAUAUGAUUUUUGCUGCCAUUUAUCAGGGAAUUUCACCCGAGGAGCCUUUGAUGAAGAAGUUGAUCCGGAAGCAACCGAGUACCUUGCAGGGCCUCAUGGAUAAGGUAGAAGAAUUCAUCAAUCAGGAAGAGACGCUGAAGUCUAUGGCCAGUUCUAGACUACCCCGAGAGACAGCCCCAGAAAAGAAAAGGAAAGAACUCAAGAAAGCUGAUUGGGAAGAGCAGAGGCAGGUAAAGAAGUUCAAAGAUUACAACUUUACACCUCUCAAUGCCGAGAUAUCAGAAGUCCUCAUGGAGAUCAAGAGAGAUCCGGCGUUUCGGGAACCACAAAAGAUACCAGAAGAAUUCAUAAAGAAUGGCAAGCUAGUUCGGUUCUUGGGAGAGCGACGGAACCAUCCAGGAAAUAACAGGCCUCGGAAUCAUCAGGACUAUCAGCCCCGAGAUCAACAGCCACGGGAUUAUUAUCCCCGAGACCGUCCUCAGCUAGACGAAAGGCCUCAAGAGAAUGCUCCCCGAGAUGACAUAGAAAGAAGAGAGGACCGAAGAAGCAGAAGCCCACAGCAUAGAGAGCCGAGGCAACAGCAGUAUCUGCCCGUGAUCCCAUAAAAAGGACUCUCGGGAAUUUCAGGCUUGCUUUUAUUUUUUAGUAUUUAUAUUUGCAAAGAACUAGAAUUUUAUUUUUAAUUCAGACUAGACAGAAAAUUCCCCAGAUUUUGGGAAUAAGUAUUUUCAGAAUAAAUGAAUAAAGCUGACUUAAGCAUCGGAGUGUUCCCGGUCUAGGGACCAGGAACCCGU